UAAGCUUUUCAAUAUACAAAACUAAACGCAUUUCCGAUAGUCUCUCUCUCUCACACAGUGUGUGUCUAUAUAUCUUUCUCUGCAACAUUCUGAUACAACUCCCAGUCUAUCUAUCCCUUCUCUUUACUUUACCCAUCCCUCUGUCCCCUGCCCAUUAGCUUUUCAAGAGCACGACACCCCCAUAACUUUCCACUUUGUACAUUAGGGUUACUAUAAAAGGAAAGUUUACGCUGCAAUGGACAUUGAGUUUCUCAAAUCCAUUUCCGAGGAUCAAACGGACAUGAUGAUGAUGUUGCAGCUUGAAAAGCUCCCGGAUUUCGGUGGUAUGUAUGGAGAUGAUCAAGAGCCAUCAACUGAGUUCACAGAUCACGGAAGUAGCAGCUCCACCAACGUGAAUACUAACAUGUCGCAGUUUAUGGAAGAUUCACGUUUCGGAUCACCUGCACUCUUGAACCCGUCUAGCACCAUCUCUUUCACCUCUCCAGCACAAACUACAGGUGGUGAGGUGCAGUUUUUAUCAACUGCGCGGUGGAGGAACAGUGGUAAUGUAGACGGUCAGUCUUCGGUUGAACAGAAACGUAAUUCUAUGGCAGCAAUGAGGGAGAUGAUAUUUCGUAUUGCAGCGAUGCAACCAAUUCACAUUGACCCGGAGUCCGUGAAACCACCUAAACGGCGGAAUGUGAAGAUAUCCAAGGAUCCGCAGAGUGUGGCUGCGAGGCAUCGGAGAGAGAGGAUUAGUGAGAGGAUUAGGAUACUUCAAAGACUUGUUCCUGGUGGUACAAAGAUGGAUACCGCCUCCAUGCUUGAUGAAGCGAUUCAUUAUGUGAAGUUCUUAAAGAACCAGGUACAAUCACUUGAGAAAGCUGGCGAGAACCGACCUUUAACAGCCGCUGGGAUUGGUUUUCCGGUGCCGAUGACAAGUGGAACUUACAUUCCCAUGGGAACAUCAGCCAAAGUUUAUCAGCAGCCUGCCCAAAACGUUCAGAACUAUUUAGGUGCGUAAUUAGUUGAGAAGAGAGAUAUAUUUCUGGGUAUAAAAUAUUCCAUAUCAUGGUUAUAUGAGCGGCUUUAAUUGUUGUCAUAGCGAUAUCUAAUCUUGGGAUUUUGAAUCCAUGCAAGUUGUACUAUUUUAAUCACCAACUUCUCUCGAAAAAUAACAUUUGAAAUAUAUAGAUGUUAUUUUAUGGGAAAUUAGAUAGUCCAAUUGGAUAACAUUAUCAAAAAAUAAAGUUUAGAUGUUACAAGUUUGUUCUCUUGUUUUGUAUUUACAAUCACCUGGAUUAACAUAUAUGCAUUGGCAAAGGGGUGAUAAAUGAUUACAUGUUUGAGAAUUUUGGAUCUAUCGAAAGAAUAUCAUUAACUUUGUGUCU